CGCCGCAGGCUCAAACAAGCUACUCCCACCCACACACCCCGGCAUCUUUGCAGCGGCAUGUGGUCAGCAGCAGCGGCGCGCACGUUGUCCCCGCUCCCCGCGCCGUCGCUCAGCGGCCGGCGCGGAGGGCCGCGGGGCAGGGCGACGGUGCCCGUGCGGAGCACGCUGUGGGACUUCGUGGGCGGGGACCUGGUGCGCCCCGACCUGGGGCUGUGGCUGGACGACGUGGAGAAGCACAAGGCGCUGGCCAUCUACCCGCCGCACGAGGGCGGCUACGAGGGCCGAUACCUCAACCGCCUCCGGAGGCAGGGCUACUACUUCCUCGACCUCUCGGCGCGCGGCCUCGGCGACCCUGAGACCACGCUCACCAAGAUCCACCCCGUCUGCCCGCCUAGCCUCGGGAGACAGCCGGUGGCGAGGUGGUACUUCCCGCCGGAGGUGGACUACAGGCUCAGCCUGCUGCACCCGGACGCCAAAGGCCUCAUCGUCUGGGUCAUGGAAGCCAAGGUUCUGUCCAAGGCAGAGCUGCAGUUCCUGGCCAUGCUCCCGGACCUCCGGCCCAAAGUCCGGGUGAUUGCGGAAUGCGGCAACUGGAGAAAAUUUGUUUGGAAGCCACUGAAGCAGAUCGCAGGCCUUGAGCCGGACCCGGACGCGGAACAAUGAGCAAGCAACAUUUCAAGGCAGCCACAACUACAAACAAAUUGCUUCGCGAUCAUCUCUCCCAGCUUACAUUCUUUCCCGCUCUGUGCUUAAGAGAGGCAAUGAAGACUGUACUGUACAUACAUUCUGGCUCAAUUUUCAGAAGAGAACCAUGUAAAAGUUUCCACAUAUAUAUAAAUUCAACAAAUCAUGGUUGCAUGUGUUCA